AUUGCACUGAACCAUAAAACUAUUGUAUGUCCUAUGAUCGAUGUCAUUGACCACAAUCACUUUGGGUAUGAGGCACAAGCAGGGGAUGCCAUGCGUGGAGCCUUUGACUGGGAAAUGUAUACAAAAGAAAUACCAAUUCCACCGGAGCUCCACAAGGACUGAUCCCAGUGACCCUUUGAAUCUCCUGUUAUGGCUGGAGGCCUCUUUGCUAUUAACCGACAGUGGUUUUGGGAUCUUGGUGGCUAUGACCCUGGAUUAGAAAUCUGGGGAGGAGAACAGUAUGAAAUAUCAUUCAAGGUCUGGAUGUGUGGAGGUGGCAUGUUUGACGUUCCAUGUUCUAGAGUUGGGCACAUCUAUAGGAAAUAUGUUCCAUAUAAAGUCCCAUCUGGUACCAGUUUAGCAAGGAAUCUGAAACGUGUGGCAGAAACUUGGAUGGAUGAGUUUGCUGAAUAUGUUUAUCAGAGGCGACCUGAAUACAGACAUCUUUCCACUGGUGAUAUUUCAGCCCAGAAAGAGCUUCGCAAGCAUCUCAAGUGCAAGGAUUUCAAGUGGUUCAUGGCUGCAGUGGCCUGGGACGUCCCCAAAUAUUUUCCACCAGUGGAGCCGCCACCUGCUUCCUGGGGAGAGAUUCGAAAUGUGGCAGCUAAUCUCUGUAUGGACAGUAAGCAUGGUGGAACAGGCACUGAACUCAGACUAGAUAUAUGUGUGAAGGAUGGUUCUGAACGGACAUGGUCACAUGAGCAGCUGUUCACCUUUGGUUGGAGAGAAGACAUCCGUCCAGGAGAACCUCUUCACACCCGAAAAUUCUGCUUUGAUGCAAUUUCACACAGUAGUCCUGUCACACUUUAUGACUGUCAUGGUAUGAAAGGCAACCAGCAUUGGAGCUAUAAGAAGGACAAAACUUUAUUCCAUACGGUGAGUGGCAGCUGCAUUGAUUGCAAUCCAGCAGAAAAGAAGAUUUUCAUGAAUAGAUGUGAUCCUUUAUCUGAAACUCAACAGUGGAUUUUUGAGCAUAUUAAUAUGACUGUUAUAGAAAAAAUUAUCAGCAAAGAAACCAGCUCUUAA